GGAUUGCCGCUAGCUUCUCUCUCAGCGCAGUUUGCUGUCCGCGAAAGGUGGAGAGUGCGAUACAAAGCAUGAGUCCUCAGUGUUGGUUAGGAUUUUGUUAGUUAUUUUACAAGGAUUACAUCCGUCCUCCGCAAGAAAAGACGACACUUUUCUGUCUGACGGUCGUGAGUUGUGCUCGCGCAUUUUCCGUUGGGGCUAGCUAGUGCGAAGUGGUUAGCUGGACAGCGUCAGUAGGAGCUAACAUUUACGUCAGGUCGGUAUCGAAAAUCAUCAGUGGUAUUUGUUUUACAGCGAUUUUAUGAUUAAAAGAGCUCCAAACGUGAGUAUAUGCAGACCUGCAGAGCUUGUCAGAUGACCAUGAGAAGAAAAUAGCUGAAUGCUAAUGUUAAUAGAGCUAGCUGUGUGAUGUGUGUGUGCGCUCCUGACUGCCACGGUGCCGUGUAGCUGUCCACGUCUAGUCUCUCGUCUGCUGUGUUUAACGUUGCCAGCUGAGCUAGGCCACGUCCCUGCGGGCGUAUUCAUCAACUGACAUUGGACGAGUUGCAGAGAAGAUGCCUUGUGUGCGAAAGGAGGAAGGAGAGUAAAAGAUCGGUAGAAAUGUGAAAAGUCUUGCACAUUCAUGACUGUCUGCGUGUGUAACUGUAGUGUUUGCUUUCCCGAGCGGUUGCCGCAUAUCCACGGCAUGUCACGUAGACGGAUGUGUUUUACAGCGGGAGACUUGUCUCACUGAGCUUUGUAGGUUGCGGUAACAACCUGAAAUAACGUUACACUUUGUUUUUGAAAUGGUUGGGUUUGGUGCAAACCGACGGGGUGGCCGCCUCCCGUCCUUCAUCCUCAUCUUCUUGAUGGUGAUCAUCGCCAUACUGUCUUUCAACUACUGGGCAAUGUCCAGCAAGCACAACCGCUUGUUGGACGAGCUGGUGGAGGUGCAGUCGCAGGUGAAGCGCACGGACGCGGCGCGGAGUCGGCUGGAGAAGCGGAACUCGGAGCUGAUGGUGCAGGUGGACACGCACAGGAAGCAGAUCGACCAGAAGGAUGGAGACUACAGCGUCCUGGAGAGCAAGCUGCAGGCCCGGGAGGCGCUCAUCAAAAAGUGCAAUGAUGAAAAGAUGAAGGUGCAGGGUGAUGUCACAGCCCAAAUGACAGAAAUCCAGAGGCUGAAAGAACAGUUAAAGGAGCUGAAGCAGGAGUUCAUGAAACAGGAAGAGCAGCUAAGAGAAGUGAAGAAAAAUAGCACUACCUUGGAAAGAAAACUGGAGUAUGAGAGUCUGCAGUGUGGACGUCAGAUUGCACAGCAGAGAGAGGAGUGUGAAGAAACAAAAAAGACCCUGGAGGAAGAAGCAUCAAAGCUAAGACAGAGUGUAAUCGACAGCCAGAAGGGUGCAGCAGCAGGUAGACAUGCAGAGGGAGCACCCGGUGUGGAGAUGGCUGGAGAGCGCCAUACAGUGGCCACUCACCGGCACGACAGCCCAGAUUUAAAAGAAGAGAUGGGUAAACCUGGCAGUGAUGCUGGCAUGCCUGGUAUUGAAGACAGUGAGGUGGGAAAAAUCGACGAUGUGCAAUUUGCCUUGAAGAAACCAGCCAUCACUCAGAAGCACGAUGAGGCCCCUGAUGUGGUUGUGGGAGCUGGUGCUGGACCUGGAGUUGGGGCAGCUGAUGGCCCUGGGGGCCAGGGUCUGUCUCUGGACCAGCCUCGGCUCCAGCAGGACAGAGUGGAGGGCCGAGCAGCAGGGGUUGCACCUCUAGGGAUCAUUAAACCGGCAGACAAACCAAUCGUAUUCGAAGAAGACAACAAGGCAGGUAUCAAGGCAGACGAACUGGGAGAACAGCAAAGACAACUUCGAGCUCCUGAUAAUGUCAAGGGUGACAACGAACACUUGAAGGGGAUUCCUCUGCCCCCCAACCCUGCCCAGGUGCCCAACCCCAUCCAGCCUCACCACGCCAAAGACCAAGUUGCAGCAGAGCCAGUACACCACCGUCAAAGCCGGUUCUUUGAUGAGAACGAGUCCCCAGUAGAUCCGCAACACGGCUCUAAGCUGGCGGACUACAAUGGGGAUGAUGGGAACGUGGGUGAGUAUGAGGCCGACAAGCAGGCCGAGCUGGCCUACAAUGAGGAAGAGGAUGGUGAUGGUGGGGAGGAAGACGUUCAAGAUGACGAUGAUCGGGACAUGCAGGGAGACCGGGCUGUGGAUUAUGGGAAAAGACAUCAAGCCAUUGACAUUCUUUGAACAGGAACUCAAACAGCCGUAACUCAUUAAAUACUUAGACCUUCCUCUACAACCGAGGUCUUUUCUUGAGAAAAUAGAUUGAACAUCAUGUUUAAGAAUUUAUUGGGUGCAUCCUUGAUGUCCUGGACUAUUUUGACAAACAGACGUUGCAACUAAUGAAUUAAUUCUGAAUAACGUACCAUAAUACAAACAAAGAAAAACAUCAUGGCAUUGUCCUGAGCUGCUGUUGUUUUGCUAAUGGUUCUAAGUUAUGGCAGUAGAGAUGAUGUACUGUAAACUGACUGUCGAGUUUUGUUUGAUAACUGCCUCAGUUCAUAACAGUGAUCUGAAUGAGCCCUGUUGACUCACAGGUAGAACUGUGUUUUGUUUUUGCUACUUUUUCUUUUCAGGUUGUUGUUUCUUGAUAUAAAACGUUUCAUUUGAGAUGUUUAUGAAAGAGACUAACUUGGCAUUCUGCCUUUCCUACAUUAUAUGGGGACAUUUACAUGGAAGAACAUUUUUUUUCGUUUACAGGAGUAGGAAUGCAUUGCCAAUGCCAAGGACUUUGCUUAUGGCCUAUUAAAUCAAUUUCUUUUCUUUGUGACAGACACUCUAAAGUGUUCCUCAUUCAGUUUUUUUUAAUGAUGCCAUUGCAUGCAUUUGAAACAUUUUAUUAAUAAUCAAACUGAGCAAAAUACUGAUACUUAAGCAAUACUUAGACCGAUGUUAGUAUCUCCACAGUGUGCAAAGAUUAACCAAGCACAUCUAGAACUGACAUACUGUAAAAAUGCUUCCAUUAAUGAGGUCUCUUGUACAUAAUGUAGUUGAUGAACUGUUACCAUUUGUACUGAGGAAACCUAAUUCCUGACCUUUUAGGGAAAUCAGUGAACAUGAAAUCAGUUCUGUUUGUGCAGCCAGGAAAAUUUAUUUCUCAUGGAAAGGCACAUUGAAUGUAAUUUAAUUUUAUUAAAGGUGAUGCUUCAUGUCAUUUGUCAGUUGUGAUAGUGCUUUAGAGUUACUUUAGAUGUAGACAUUAUUAGUUUGUCAUCAGUAGUACGUGAAAUGGAGCACUCAGCAGCUUUUUAAUGUUUGGGGACUGUUCUUUAUUUAUCAAA